AUGAUCGAUCAGUAUGGGAGGAUUGAGGUGCCAUGCACUGCUCUGAAGCUGAAUGGUAAACUCACUCAAGGAGACAACAUUGCUGACAAUGGAGGAUUGAAGCUAGCAUUCAGAGCAUACAAGAAAUUUCUGAGGAAACACGGAAGAGAGAAGCGGAUCAGAGGACUGGAAAAGUAUAACAACGAGCAAAUGUUCUUCAUUGGAUACGCUACGAGCUGGUGUGGUCAUUCAACGCAAGAUGCACUUAUACACCAGGUUCUUACCGAUGAACACUUCUCCAAAUCGAUACCGGUAAGCAUUUUUGACUGCUGA